UAUAGUCAUGUGUGAUCUUGUUUGAUUUGUCUUAACAUAUAGAUUAUUAAUAUAUAAUUUCUAUAAUUUUUUAAUAUACAAAUUACAAGAUAAAAUGGAUUAAAGAAGUGUAUUGGAUGGUGUGUAAAAAUGAAAGUGGACAAAUACUCUGGGACGGAGGGAUGUCGUGGCAUCGAUGUACCGGUGGGUUUUUAACGCGGCGCUUAUAAUCCUCCGGUUGUUUCUCCUUCUCAACUCAGGGAUCAGAGCAGAGCAUCAAUCUCCGGGCCGGACCACUCGCAAUGGCGGCGUUGCGGUUCCUUUUGAUAAUUCUUCUGGCAGCAGUACCGGCGGUGAUGCCCGCAACUGCAACUUACACGGCGAAAUCCGACGGUCAUAACCGGUCAACGGGAGAGGCGCACGGCGUUCUCUGGCCCGGCGCGGAGGAGGGGGAUCUUAUCCCCACGGCCGAGGAGGAGUUCUUCGGCGGAUUUUCUGACUUGGAGGGAAUGUUGCAGUGGGCGAUAGGCCAUUCUGAUCCUGCAAAAUUGAAAGAAGCAGCUCAAGAUGUUCAAAAAUUAUCUCCUGAAGAGCUAACGGCCCGCCAAAUAGAAUUACAGGAAUUCAUGGAGAAGAAUAAAAUGCCAUCAGAUGCAAAGUUAAUGCAGAUUGCAUUAGAUGACUUGAAAAAUUCAUCGGUGUCUUUGGAGGAUAGAAUUCGUGCUUUGAAUGAGCUGUUGGAACUUGUUGAGCCAGUACAUAAUGCAAAUGACCUACAAAAUCUUGGAGGCCUUAAUGUGAUAAUGGGAGAACUUCAUCACUCAGAAUCAGUAAUAAGGACUCUUGCAGCCGAGAUUCUUGGCAAGGCCAGUCAGAAUAACCUUAACACUCAGAAGCAGGUGCUUGAACUUGGGGCCCUGGAAAUCUUGGUAAAGAUGGUGAAGAUGCGUUCCAUUGAGGAAGCUACAAAAGCACUCUAUGCUAUUUCGGCGUUGGUUAGAAAUAAUUUAUAUGGCCAAGAGCUAUUCUAUAAGGAAGCUGGUGAAGCCAUGCUUCUGGAUAUUCUCAAGAAUUCAAGUUUAGACAUAAGGCUGCACAGGAAAUCAGUCGCCCUUGUAGCCGACUUGGCUGAAUGUCAACAUGGAAGUGAAAAUAAAGAAGAGCUUCCUCUUUUCAGCAAUCGUUACUUCUUGAAGUCCUUGGUUGAUUUAGUAGCUUCAAGUGACCUUGAUCUCCAAGAGAAGGCUCUCCACGCAAUAAGAAAUCUGUUACUGCUGAGAUCAACAGAAGCUCUGGUUUUCAAAGACUUCUGCAAGUUGGAUGUGGCGCUUGAGCAUAUGAGACUGCGGUUGCAGCAACUAUCAGUGGACGAAAACCAUAGAGAGUAUGCGAGGGACAUGGAAAGUCUUCGGGGAGAAGUGGAGCAGGCUUUAAUUCAAAAACUUAAUCCCCCAAGAACAUAAUAUAUAUAUGAGUGGUUUUGAAUGUGAGGAGGCUUUUAGCAUUGGAAGUACACUAAUAUAGUAACAAAGCAAAUUUGGUACCCUUUAGAAGUAAAAAAAAAUAUUGUUAGUCAUUUUACACUUGUGAACUGUUGAAUGCUUUGAUUAAUUUUUUGAAGAAAACAAUAGAGUUUAA